UGGGGGAGAAAAUGGCAUUUGCGGAUCAAACGGAUAGGACGAAUCCAUUCUUUGUAUAUACGCACUAAGUGGGGCCGUCAAAUAUCAAAGUGGUAUGUAGAAAACACAUAAUGGAUUCUACCAAAUCAAAAUGCAGUUUGGAAAUUGGUGUGGGCAUGUGAACUUUAGCUCGGCUUGCCAACAUGACAUCUACUUUUCACACAACCGCACAAUCUAAUUGUCUCACAUCAGUGUCCAUACUUCAACUUAUAACAGGAACAACUAUGCGUUUGUUGCAAAAACUAUUUUUCUGGUUCAGGAAAAGCUCUGAUAUCGAUGCUUCGUAUCUACUCCAAGGCCUUCCACUAGACAUCCUACUCUGCAUCGUGGCCUUCCUUCCUGCCGAAUCGGCUGUGGCUCUCUCGCUCACAUGCAAGCAACUCAAGCAUUUGCUCUGGGAUGACCAUUCCCCAACAUUGGGUUCUUCACCCAAAGCCAAGGUCGCACUGCUCGAACUUCUUGCUCUCGAUCUACCGAACUUCAUCGCCUGCUCCCCAUGCGGGAGACUGCACGAUAUUGAAAAUGUCCUCUGGUACAACAGCUCAACAUAUAAUUACAAUCCUCGGAGUCGGAAUCGGGAAAAUCGUCUGCCAGCCUGUAUACAGAGGGACCAAGACAGCGAUCUUGACGACAUCACUUACACCUUCGGGACAACUGCUUUCAAGAUGGCAGUCAAACGAUACCAUCAGAAACCCGACUGCAAGAAAGUCUUGAAGCUGAUGUCCAGCAGAUCAGUAUACUUUAGCAAGUGGGAUGAAUGGGUGGUAGCGUGGCGAGAGGAGUGCCGUGUUGUCGGGGGUUCCUUGAUGCACUGCUGGCAGAGCGUUCACAUCUCAAGCAACUACUCAUACUUGGCGUCGCAUUCGGUGACUCCACGCAACGUGAGAAUUUGCACGCAUGUCGCGUUCAAUGGGAGCACGAAGAAGUCCGGUAUAUGCUGCAGGUGCCGAACAGAAUGGAGAAUCGAUUCAAAAUACUACAACCUUCGUGGUAGGGCCGUGUUCCUCACGUGGAAAGAUCUGGGCACGGGACCAGAAAGCGAAGUAUUCCGGCAACACAAUACGUAUACGCCCGAAUCAAGCUUCUUGCGGUACUUCUUCACAAAUCGCCAAGAAGCCCAAGCCCAAACCCAAACCCAUUCUAACCAGCUCCCUGCGGCUGUCGGCGUAGUCGGUGAUCUGUCUUCUGCUUUUGGGGACGGAAAUCUUGAGUUUGACUCAUGGCUAGAUUCGAGAAGCAGGAAGCAACUCUUUCAAUACCAAGAUAUAUACCGGGCUAUGUCAUGGAGGUAGUUCUGUUCUCGUAUGUAUAGAAAGGUUAAGAAGGGCGUCCUCCUUCCAGCAGUGAGGUACCGCAAAUGGAAACUAAAAUCCUGUUGCUCUGGCCAAAACAAGAAGAUCGAUUACCCCCUUCCCUGACAAUGUUGAGUAGAAAUAAUAUGCACUGAGCUGGCACUGUUCCCCAAAGUACGACUCACAUGGCAC